CAUAUAUGCGUUUCCCUUCAUCACUCUCUUCACACUCAACACAACUAGUCAAAAAAAGAACAAGAAUGAAGGUUUUUGCUUUUGUGUUAAUCUUUUGUGUUUCGUUCAUCUCAACUACCACAAGUUUCGAAGCAAAACAACAGGACCCGGAGCUGCCGCAAUGCCUCCACCUCUGCAAACAGCAGCAAGCUUAUAGCGAGACGGAAAAGCGUGAGUGCCGAGAGAUGUGCAAGAAGUACAUCGAGGAGAAGCACCAGCGUCAGCGGCUCGGUGAAGUCGAGAGAGAAAGUGGUGACGAGAAUCCGUAUGUUUUCGAGGAGAAACAUUUUAGUACGGUGAUGAAGAGUGAUCAUGGUGAAGUUCAGAUUCUUCAAAGGUUCAAUCACUCGCUUCUGAAAGGGAUUGAGAACUUUCGGUUGUCUGUGCUUGUGGGAAAUCCUCGAGCCUUCUUUUCUCCUGCUCACUGGGAUGCUGAGACUGUCAUCUUUGUUGCUCAAGGGAAGGGGAGCAUUAGUUUGGUACGUCCUGAGAAGAGGGAGAGCAUAAAUAUAAAAUGCGGGGACAUACUGCAUAUUCCUUCCGGAACAACUGUGUACCUCAUCAACAGGGACGACAAUGAAAAGCUAAUUAUAAUCAAGCUGCUGCACCCUGUUUCCACACCUGGCGUGGUAGAGACAUUUUUCGGGGUGGGGAAAGAGUCCUUUUUCAAGGCAUUCAGUGGGGAACUACUUGAAGCGGCUUUCAAAACGCAGUGCUCUAGGGUGGAGAAAAUGUUUGAAGGAGCGGGAGAUUCGAUACUUGAAGCUUCUGAAGAGCAAAUCAGGGCUCUGAGCCAUCACGAAGAAGGGGGGAUCUGGCCUUUUAGCGAGUCCAAAGGGACCAUAAACCUUUUCGAGCAGAAGCCUCUGAAAUCGAAUGACUAUGGAGAACUUCGUGAGGUAUCUCCUAAAGAACACAGGCAGCUUCAAGACAUCAACAUUGCACUCGCAUUCAUCAACGUUACGAAGGGAGGAAUGGAAAACCCAUUCUACAAUUCCAAGUCAAUAAACAUAGGGGUUGUGAACAGAGGAGCAGGUUACCUUGAGAUGGCAUGCCCUCACUUAUCCUCCCAUUCCUCCUCGGGUGGCGCCCCUAUUAGCUACCGUAAGGUGAAUGCCCAUGUAAAACAGGGAACUGUCUACAUUGUACCCCCUGAUCACCCUGUUAUAAUUGUGGCAUCCAAGGACCAAAACCUCGAGCUCGUUGUCUUUCAGAUCAAUGCCAGAGACAAUAAGAGGUUCUCUCUCGCAGGGAAAAACAACAUAUGGAAGCAACUAGAGAAGGAAGCCAAGGAGCUCGCCUUCGGUCGACCAUCGAGAGAGGUGGAUCAAGUGGCUGGGAAAGAAGAUGAAGAUUGGUUCAUGAAAGGUCCUUCACAAAUUCCCCAGGAUGGUGCCUAUAUACGAAUGAGGACUGAAUGAGUGGCUGGAGAACUGGAUCUGUUGUAUAUAUCAGGAGGGAGUCGCGGAGCAGCGGGAAGUUUGAAUGUGAGGUGAGUGUGUGUGUGUAAAGUAAUCAGUAAUCAAGAGUGUAUGGUUGAGCAGUGAGAUGGAUCACGUAUCAGUGUAUCUGUUUCACGAAGCUGCUGAUGUUUAACAUAAAUAAAAUCGCCUCCUUUUCCACUGCA